CAUGUUGUGUAUGGUAUUAAGCUGAUCCUCCAUUCUGUUCAAGAACUCGUGGGAUCUGUAUGGUUCAACUAACACGAUAGUUUAAUCCUGCACGCAUACGCGCGCACGCUUGGGGAUUUCGCGCUUCCGCGUUCUUUUCCCGCGGCGCGUCUGACGUUGAAUUGGCGCGCUGUGAUUGGCUGCAGUAUCUGCGUCACUACGCUACAUCGCGCGUACUCCAGCCCCACAACCAGCUCGUGCGCGGAUGUUAAGUGGGACUCAGUGAAUCUAAACCGCGUCGCUGGUCGUGGCUCUGUGACCGGAGAACGGUGGAAAGGACACCGAAUUUCCGUGUGACUUGCCAUGACUGCUGAUGCAUGCUGGGAUUCAGUGGCCAGGCAGAAUCACAUUCAUAACCAGCAGCUCCAGCCAUCCCGAGAUCAUCGUCCAUCAAGUGCUCUACGGGCAAUAGGUGGAGGCACAAAACGGGUCACACGUACACAGCUCUAGUAAAGUGGCGAGGAGGACUACAUAUCCCAGAAGUCUUUAAGCAGCAAGCUUUCCUGGACCGCACUCGUUAAACACCAUGCAGUGCAGGAUCACCCUAUUGGAUGGCUCUGACUACACCUGCACGGUGGAGAAGAAAGCCAAAGGCCAGGUCCUGUUUGAUAAAGUGUGUGACCACCUCAACCUUAUGGAGAAGGACUACUUUGGCCUGACGUACCGUGACGCAGAACAUCAGAAGAACUGGAUGGACUCUGCGAAAGAACUGAAGAAACAAAUGAGAACUGGACCCUGGAAUUUUGGGUUUAAUGUGAAGUUUUAUCCUCCUGACCCAUCUCAGCUGUGUGAAGAUAUCACCCGGUACUACCUGUGCCUUCAGCUGAGAGACGAUGUCGUGUCGGGCCGUUUGCCGUGCUCCUUUGCCACUCACACUCUCCUGGGUUCAUACAUCGCCCAGUCUGAGCUGGGAGACUACGACCCUGAAGAGCUGGGCAGCGAUUACAUCAGCGACCUCCGCUUCGCUCCCAACCAGACCAAAGAGCUGGAGGAAAAGGUCAUAGACCUGCAUCGCAACUACAAUGGAAUGACUCCAGCUGAGGCGGAGAUGCUGUUUCUGGAGAACGCCAAGAAGCUCUCCAUGUAUGGAGUAGAUCUGCAUCGUGCUAAGGAUUCGGAGGGAGUGGAGAUUAUGUUAGGUGUGUGUGGCAGCGGCCUUCUCAUAUACAGAGACCGACUGCGCAUAAAUAGAUUCGCCUGGCCCAAAAUCCUCAAGAUAUCCUACAAGCGGAACAACUUCUAUAUCAAGAUACGCCCCGGAGAGUUGGAGCAGUUUGAAAGCACCAUUGGUUUCAAGCUGCCAAAUCACAAAGCUGCAAAGAGAUUGUGGAAAGUGUGCGUGGAACAUCACACGUUUUUCAGAUUGGUGGCUCCUGAAACUCCUGCUAAAAAGUUCCUGUCACUGGGCUCUAAGUUCCGCUACAGUGGGAGAACGCAGGCACAGACACGCCGAGCCAGCUCCCAGAUCUCUCGGCCUGCACCGCAGUUUCAACGCUCCUCCAGCAAACGGCUCACCACCACUCGCAGUUUAGAUAACGCACCAGCCAUGGCCAACAAUGACGACUUGAUGAAGGACUCUAAACCAGCCUUUGCCAUUGGGACCCUCAUCACCACAGUAACGCCAGAGAAAAAGGCGGAGGAAGAAAACGCAGUCGAAGACGAAAGCGCUCCUGCUACAGAGACCUCCGAGCCUGCCCCACCCACUCCUGUUACCAAGACUGCAGAAGAUGCCAAAUCUGAACCUCCUCAGAACAUUUUGGAAGAAAAACCAGAGACCGCGGAGGCUGACUCUGCUGAGAGAUCAGAUGACCAACAAGACCCUGCGGUAGUAGAGGAAGAUGAAGCUGAAGCUAUGCUGUCGGUGGAGUCGGGGGAGACGGUGCAACCGAUGACCAACGAGGUGCCUGUUGUUCAUACGGAGACCAAAACCAUUACAUACGAGUCUGCUGAGGUGGAUGCUAACGGUGACGCAGACCCUGGAGUUCUAAUGAGUGCUCAGACCAUCACGUCUGAGAACAACAGCACCACGACCACCACUCAAAUAACAAAGACUGUGAAGGGAGGCAUCUCGGAGACGCGAAUCGAGAAGAGGAUCGUCAUCUCUGGGGAUGCCAGCAUCGAUCAUGACCAGGCUCUGGCUCAGGCCAUAAAAGAGAUCAAAGAGCAGCACCCAGACAUGUCGGUCACCAAAGUAGUGGUUCAUAAAGAGACGGAGAUCUUGACUAGUGAAGGUGACCAGUGACGCAGGAGUAAACACCAGUCUGACAGAGGACACUGCCAUUUUCUCCACUCCAUUGCCCCAUGGACAUUUGGCUUCUGUGACCUUUUUGAUCUCAGAUCCAGACAGCUCAGUGGAUGUGCUGGGACAGUGGAGAAGCGAUGAUUCAUAUGAGACACAUACACACACACAGACACACCCGCUCCAAUCAGCCCUGCACUCCAACAUUACCAGAAGCUCAGCUUUUUAUUGGAACGAUCAUUUUACUGUUAACAUCAAUAAUCUGCAGACGCUAUGGACGUGUGAAAGCUCCAGAAAGCAGGAGAAUCUUCUCAAAAACAUUUUUUUUUUUUUUUUGUAACCUUGAAGUGUUUAAUUUAUGCACCUUCAUUUUUAUUUAUAGCAGACACUUGAUCACCAUGCCAACGACAAAGCUAUAAAUCCAUACACCAGUGUUCCAGGGAGAUAUCGAAUUCGAGCCAGGUUUGCUGACCUGGAGAUUAAAUUUCGUCCAAGUGUCUUAAAUGUUUUCACUGAACUCUGACUGGCAGAUCAGAUUAGCAAAACUUGGAUUAAUCUGUACAUGGAGAAAACCAGUCCACAGGCCAGGAGUUAAUGGUAUUGAGUUGAAGUGUUUAAGUCUUUAAAUAUGUACAAUACAUAAGGUUAUAAUCCACAAUAGCAUUAAUUCUCUGUAUUGCAAUGUUUGUUCAUAAUUGGCCGCUAUUAAAAGGGCUGCUCUUGGAAACUUUACUUUGAAACUCUAAAUCUGAUCUUUUUACUUUUUAUCUUAUUGUUGCUCUGGGGAAGAUACGGAAUUGUACGUCCUCAAAUUUUACACUGGCAAGUUCUAAAGGGGUUGGGGGGUUGAACCUUGACCUCUUGAGGCUUUUGUAAAACUUUGAUCCCAACAGUUUGUGUAUUUCAUUUUCCCCUGGUGACCUGAUAUAGAACCUGAAUUACCCAGAAUCCUGUUGACCUUUUUCUUCUUUCUAAACACACAACAUAGAUUAUACGGAUAUACUGCACACACAAAAAAAAACACAUUUGGAUGUGAUUUAUUUUGGUUUUAUUUUGUAAUUAAAUAUUACUGAAGUCAA